AUGUUUGCGCGAUUCGUUCAAGUACUCUUUCCGCGUGCCGUUGCCGUGGUCUGCUUGCCCAUUGCCGUCGUGGUCGGCUAUCUCGGAUCGCAGGUCGAGCGCACGAUUGCACCGCCAGUGGAAGGACGGCCCAAGACCACGUAUGACUUGCGGGAAGAGCGAAGACAGCGCGAAAGGCAGGCCAAGUUGGACCAGGACGCCCUCGCCGCUCAGAACGCAGUCGCAGUAGCAUCAUCACCGACUCCAGCCUCCUCGUCAUGA